GCUAGUCUACCCCCCAUGCUGUACUGCAGAUCACUCAAGUGUGGAGAUAUGCUGGUGGUCUGGCUGCUGUUGUUGUUGGUGUCUUGGAGGAGGGUGAUGGCGCAGUCGGCAGAAGGCUGCAGUAAGACGAAGGGCGGGAUCAAGUACAAGCUGAUUAUAGGUCAACUGAGUGCCACUACUAGCGAGUUCGAGGAUCAGGCAUCUCUCCAGGCGGAGAUGACGCGCGAGAGUCUGGUGGAUAGAUGUUUCCAGAACACUCAGUACGUCUUCUUCGCUGUCAACGGGGUGCUCAACAUAUCCACUAAAGGCUGGACGGGCAUAGAACACGGGAUCUUUACACAGCUAAACAAAGAUGGCGUCGAUGAUAACUCCCUUCCUAAUAUCAUCAUCGGUCCGUUCUACACGAACCUGGCUAUGAUGUUGCAGCGAAUGGGAAUUCCCUAUUUGGUUACAUCCAAUAAAGGUUUUGAGUGGAUUGACAUGAGCCGUGUCCAGGACAGAAUCAAGUGGAAGACUGUGGUGGAGAUUCGACCCCCGGCCCAGGCCAUGAACCUAGCUGUGGUGGAUUUCUUUUUGCACCGGAAGUGGAUGAGCGCCAUCAUGGUUAUGCCGGAGAGUGCCGCAGACAAUCAAGAAUGCCAGAACCUAGCCGGACAGAUGCUCAACCGUGGCCUCUCCCUCAUCCCCUUCACCGUCAACCCCCGGGGGAGGAACUACAACGCCUCCGUGGUGGAGCUCCUGAGGAACGCCCGUCUCUCCCGCCAGACCCGGAUCAUCGUCUGCAGCCCACGUGACUCCCGUGAUCACCUGAUCGAGAGCGUGCUGUAUCGGGCUCGUCUGCUAGACAUCUUACAGAACAAAGAUUUCUCCUUCAUCUUCGUCGACCCGUCGUCCCACCUGAAGCCAUUCUCUGGUGCCAGUGAGAUGUACCGCCUAGGCCUGUUCUCUGCACGCUGUGAGCUACUAGCGUUCCGCUACAUCAAGCCCAACGCUGACGGCUUCAACGGUGACGAGGAUAAGGCCGCUGCCCGGGACGCGGCCCGCAUUACGUCAUACGCUCUGGAACAUUACCUCAGGGAUCAAAUGAUCGUCAGCAACGAUUUUGAUCCGAAAAGAUUUCUAAAAGCUCUUAAAUCUAUUAAAACGAUUGGUCGAACAGGUAACAUAGAGUUCGACCAGAAUGGUCAAAGAGUCAACUACACCUUAGCUCUGUACAACCAUGGAGGAGAGAUAAUGAACAAAGAGAUCGCCAAGUGGAAUCCACACAAGUCAACACCUGAAGCGAGGCUUACACUGACAGGUGAAGUAGAGUCAAACAACGGGACUCAGCAACAUAUUGGUAUCUUUCCUGAUUUGGUUCGCAUCGUUGUGGUUGAGGAGUAUCCGUUCGUGGUCAAGCGAGACAAUCCACUGGACGAUGACCUCUAUGAAGGGUUCACCAUUGACCUGAUCAAGAAACUAGCUCAGGAGCUAAAGUUUCAGUAUGAGAUCUACCGUAGUCCUGGCAACGUCUACGGCGCGUACAGCUCAGCCCGGGGCACCUGGGAUGGUAUGGUCAACGAGGUCAUGCAAGGGAACGCGACUCUGGCGUGUGGUGCCAUCUCCAUCACCUCCACGCGCGAGUCUGCCAUAGACUUCAGCCUGGGUGUGCUUAGCACAGGUGUCAACCUGCUGGUCAAGAGGCCGGACGAAAGCUUUACCAUUUUUCAGUUUAUGAUGCCGUUUUCCCUGGAACUCUGGAUGGCGAUAGUGGGCGCCUCGGCCCUUGUGACUAUAGUUUUUUACUGCAUGGACUACUGCAGUGUUGAAGACAGACGUUUCACCUUUAAGGAGACCAUCUGGUUCACUAUUGGCACUCUUCUAAAACGAGGCUCGGAUUUCGCACCGGUGCCAGUGUCUCAGAGAAUUCUAACGGCUGGUUUCCUGUUCUUUGUCCUGAUCACUGUGUCCACCUAUACAGCCAACAUGGCUGCCUUCUUGACCAUUAAGAACUUUGGCGAGAGCGUGGAUUCCUUUGAAGCCUUGUCAAAGUCUAAGACCCUCGGAGUCAGUACGGUGAUUAACUCUGCCACGAUGUCUUUUCUGAGAAAUGACACAAAGAAGGUGUACCGAGACAUCUGGAGCAAGGUCGAGUCGUCCAAGGGUCAGGUCAAGAACGCCACGGAGGGUCAAAAGCUCGUCAAGGCUGGCACUCAUGCCUUCAUCUUUGAUUAUUUAAUUAACGAGGCGGCGCAGAAUAUCAACUGUGAGCUCAUGGCGGCCGCUUCACCAAUUUUAUUACAGGAACACGGUAUAGGCAUGAAAGCUGGGGCGCCGUUUAAAACUUUGAUCAACAUCGCCCUGCUCAAGCUUAAAGAGGACGGCUUUAUAGCUAAGAUGAAGAAAAAGUGGUGGGAUGACAAGCGAAGCUGUGACCUGGCCAGUGACAGCCAGAGGACAGGAGAGGUCAAGUUUGGACUGGACCACACGGCAGGUGUUUUUAUAGUUGGCCUGUUUGGCGUGUGUGUGGCCGCCAUGUUGUUCAUCAGCAAAAAGCUGUACCUGGUCAUUCUCAACGCCAUCCAGAAACACCGGUCUCGCCGCAAGAAGGCACCGGAACCAGAGAAUUACGUCAAUAACGGGCUGGACGACGCUAAGCGGGAACGACUACGUUUGUAUUACGGUGACAAGGGCGAAGCGGUGUGAGAGUUAUCGGACUUUAUGAGGUAGAAGAGAUAUGAUAUGUUGUGUUGGAUGUAAGUUACAGAACUUAUGGUAAUGGAAGAGUUGUGGGACUUGGUGGAAUGUACGAGUUAUCGGACUUUAUGGGGUAGAAGAGUUAUGAUAUGUUGUGUAGGAUGUAAGUUACAGAACUUAUGGUAAUGGAAGAGUUGUGGGACUUGGUGGAAUGUACGAGUUAUGGGACAUGAGUGUUUGGGUGAUGGAGUUAUGGAACUUUAUUAAGAAAGAGUUAUUGGACUUUGGAUUAUGUAAGGGUUAUGGAACUAAGGUAAAUAGUGAACUAUAACAUCAUUGUUUUCUUUGUGAUAAAUUAAUUUUUGGAUAUUUGGUCUAAUCUUGCAAAGUUAAAGACAUUUUUCUUCUAAACGCUGGAAGAAUGACUGUACAGACAGGAGGUAAAUAACACACAACUAAAAAUAGAAAAAAAAGUUUGCUUUAAAUGUCCUAAAGUAUUUCCCGAACACGGAGUUGUACUUUAAAACUGAAUUGAGAAUAAAUAUUUAUAUUUUAAUACAACAAUAAUAACCAUUGCACUGUAAAGUAUUGUCGUAAAUCACAUAUACAUCUGUCUUU